AGAUGACUUUCCCUGUCCCAAGAUCCGUUAGAUUCUCGACUCCCCACUCCACUCUUAACCAGAAGUCACGCCACCGAAAGCUUGUUAAAAUCAAAAAUUCCCAACUACCCUGGCGAUGUUUCGUGUGCACUGCAACAAGUGCUCCAGGAGACGCGACGUUGAGCCGACCAUACCGUUCCAACUGACGCGAUGCCAUCACAUUAUCUGUGGCCCCUGUCUAACAGUUUGCGCUGCCGAAAAGAAGUGCCCAAUGUGCGAGCACCCACUGCAGACGAUCGCCAUUAGUCGGGACAUGCCCAUCGGUGUGGCCAACUAUUUCCAGGACCCCACUAAAUUUCUCCAGCUCUACCGGAAGAUAAGCAAGUUCCAAAGCGAGCAAAGAUCAUCCGACAACCUUCACUUCUGGCGCAGAGAGCAGAAACAUGAAGAAUUGCAGCUGAAGCUCAACGGCUACACCAAAAUGGAGGCUCAGCUGAAUCAGCAAACGAAGGUGGAGAAGAAACGCAUCGCCGAACUACGCGAGUACAUUGCCUUUCACGAACGUCCGGCGGUGGACAGCUUGGAAGCCAGCUUAAGUUCAAACGAAUAUAUAGCAGCCAGGGGCCGCAGCAACAGUCGCCACGGCCUCCGUCCCCGAACUCCCUCCGAGAACCCCACAACAGACAACACGCUAUCGGAUGAUUUGGUGGAGAGCUUCUGUAUGCACUCGGAAGUAGACUUUGGAACAAAGAAAUCGAAGCAUUCAAUAUCCACAUCGACGCAUCGCUCGUCCGUGAGAAACUCAGGCGGCCAGCGUCAGGACUUUCAAAUUUAAGUUAAUUAAACUAUAGUGUACUCAUCGGUCGUUAGGUCCAACUAGUAAAAAUAUUCAUCUCAUGUUGUGGAAAAUUUGUAUGGGAUAAGCCAAGUGUUUUAGUGCUUUUUAUAAGUAUAUAUAAUAUAUUGUGCGGGAUCGCUGCGCGCGUACUCGA